CUACCUGGGGUUGGCUGCUGUCCUUUCCUCUCUGCAGUUUCUAGAACUCUGUGUGACUGUGGCAGAGAGGCAUCGCUGAGUCCAGUCACGUGGUGAGGCAGGGGUGGAAGGGACGACUUAGGUCUUCAACUUUUAAAGUCCUUGAGCCUGUUCUGCUAUCAACACCUUUAAAACGGUGUGCUCUCUGCUUUACCUUCUGUGCCCCACGGUCCCCAGGGCCUCCGCUUCUGAUCGCGUUGCUUCUGGGGCUCACGUGCUCAAGUCGACCGGUGAUGAGCGUUUGCUUCAUUUUGCACCUGGAAACAGGUCUUGGGAAGUGGGGAGGGUUUGCCCAUGGGCGGCCUGAGGUCAGGGCCUGGGCUUCCUGGCGAACCUCAGCGCAGCGGCGAGUCCUAGGUUCCCACUUAGCGGAGGAGAAUCCUGAGUCAGCUGGCUGGGAUUUGAGCCUGAGGUUUCAGGAAGCCCAAGUACUUCCCAUUUCUGGGCCUGCUGCUCGUCGCCUGUGGUGCCUCUGAUUUGCCUCAGCUGCCCUCUGGAGAGGCCUAGCUGGCCGCUCUCUCUGGAGCACCAGUCCUCCUAAAGGACCUGAUGGAGAGGCCCCUGGGCCCCUCCCAGACCCCAAGGGGCCACACUAGAGAAAGUUUUUCCUUUGAAAGCCCGGGGACAUUCCGGAAGACACCAGUGGUCCUCGGAGGGGAAAGCACUUUGCCGAGGAAUCACCACACCAGGUGCCCCCUGCUCACAUUAACUCCCCCCGAGUCAGAUUCUUGUGUGACCCCCCUACUACCCAUUUCUGACCGGGACCUCACAACACUCCUCUUCUGGAGGCUGGCCUCUCCUCAGCCCCCCACACCACCUCACUGCCUGCCCUCCAUACUGCCUCCUGCCCUGGACUCCGGCUGCCCAGCUUGGUCCAGCUUUCAGGAGUUGGGGGAAGAGGGUCCGGGUGCCAGUCAGAACAUCUCCCGGGCUGUUCAGACACAAGAGAACCCCAAAGAAAGGACCUCAUUCUCAGUCAUCUGUCUGCUGGAACGCAGAAGCCCAGCGAGGUAGGCAUCUCGGCCCUGACCGGUCCCUGAACUGCUCUCCCAUCACAAACCCUCUGAAUGACCUGCCUUGGUGCUCAGCUUGGGUCCCUCACCCAGAGGACAGUCUGGAUUUUUUUUAUUUUCCUCCCACCAAAUUUAGCUUAUUUUGAAAAAUACUUCCAAGAGUCAGGCAGAUGCACCUGUUGAGCUGUAAUGCGCCCACUAGGAAAUGACAUUUCCUUAGGGUUCAAAGUUGGUCUCUCACCUUUUUUACGCUCCUUGUGAGCCAAGACUUUCCCCAUCCCCGAGGAGCAUUGUACCCCUCCUGGGCCGCGUCAUUCAGGGUCAGCUGGGCAAUGAAAGAUCUUCACUUAAUGUGUCCGUUGUUAAAGUGUUUCUUAGAACAUUUUAUUUUAAAAGUUUAGAAGUUACGGGAUAUGACUUUACAUUCUUAGCUUGUUGCUGUUUGUAGACAUAGUUUAGACUAUGGCCUGGCCAGGAAGUAAGGAUUUGCUAAUACUUUCCAUUUUUCUGUUUAAAAAUUUUUAUUUUUUAUUUUUGAAGAAUUGCAUGCUCACUGUUGAGUGUUUGGAAAGUGGAGGAAAAUACUGAGAAAAAAAUAAUCCACAAGCCUCCUCAUUAGAGGUCAUUAACAUUUCGGCAUAUUUUCUUCCAGCUGCUUUAUGGCAUUUUUGAAUUACAUAGUUGAGAUAUCCCCAGUGAACCUCCAAGUAUGUUGUUAUUGACUGGGUAGCCCUGUAAUGAGCAGUUGAUUUUGAAUCUUUGCACAUACUUUAAUGCUUGGCUCCUUCUGUCAGUAGAGGUUUUGAAGUCAUGUGUUGAGAAAAAUGUGUAACAGCUGACUUCCUAGGCAGGUGUAAUGAAAAUAACAAUAGUGAUCAACGGUGAUCCCAGUCCAGGUCACAUUCAGGGUGUCUCUCAUUUUCUCUGCAGCCUCUUGUGCAAUGUAGCAGUCCUUAAUAACAGCUCAUGGCAAUGCAAGGUCCGCUCCUACCAGGAUUCCCAUCCUCAGUCAGGCCUGGGAUUCCCGCCUGCGCUUCAUCUAAAAUCAGCUGUCAAGUAAAAGACCUGUUAGCCCAGGGUCUUUGUUCUCCUGGCCUUUGCUUAUUACAGGAACUGUGUAUCACCAUGGUCAAGGUGUGUGAAGCUCUGUAAGUGACUGAAGGAUGGGGUUAUAGGUCUUUGUGAGCUGAAAGUGAUAAAAGAAGAUCAAGAUAGGCCUGUUUAAACAUUGACGAAGUUCUUUCCGAAGUAGUUUGUACCCCUAGAAGUUGUCUUGAUAAGCAUUAUUUCUCCCACCAAUGGAAAGAAGUCUCUAGGAAUGUGUUAGAAUUUAAAAUUGUAUCCAGAUCACAAAAUUGUACACAUCGGUGGUCUUUCACACAGCUGUGACAUGCGGCCUGUGUUUACUAGAUAGGAGUCAUGGUUGCCAUGGAAACCCUCGUAUAAUACGUCCAACUUUGGGGGUCUGACUGCUCUUUCCUUUCUGUUACUUUUAUCUUCUGUUACUUUGUAUCCCUUCCCACACACGUUCCCAGAGCCCCCUCUUCAUCCCCCAGGUUCCCCAUCCCUACCUGUGUUGGCUACAAUCCCGGUAAAUAAGCUGUGCAGGGGGUGAGACCCCUGCACAGAGGGCAGCUCCCCGGCCCACAGUGGGGCGUGCAGUCCCCAGAGCGCCGUGGGCCUCUCCUGAUGGCGUGUUCUGGAGCAUGGCCCUGACCUUUGGAGCCUCGGGUCCCACACCUAUAAAGCGAGUGGCUCACUGAGGUCCCUUUGGCUCUAAAACUGGGCCUCAGUUUCCUCACUGUAAAGCGAGACUAACAAGAGUUUCUGCCUCAUAGGCUUGUUAGCUUAAGUAAGUUUGCUGAAAGCUCGUAGCGCAGUGUGGGCUGGUGUUUGCAUUGAGUCUCCAUUGAGGUUGCAGAGUGCUGGGCAGUGCUGGGGGGAGCCGGGCGGGAAGGGCGCAUCAGGGUUUCUGCAGUCCAGGAGCCUGUGGACGCCCCCACUGCUAACCUCAGCCUGCCUGUAGCCAGGGGCUCCCCCUGUGAAGCCAUAAACACGCUCCUCUCAGCCCUUCUUGGUCUCUUUCUGAAGAAACUACUCCAAAACUACUCCCUCCCAACCCUUGUCUCCCCGUCUGCUGCUCAGGAAGCUCAAACUAAAAAAAAGAGGUGAUACAGAAAUUUCCAUGAUGUACCAAGUGAAAAAAGCAAGAAGCAGGAUCUUACUUCUCUGAAUCCCUUUAUGCUCUUAAAAAUCACUGAGGACCCCCAAAGCUUGUGUAUGUGGGUUAUAGCUGUCAGUAUUCACUGUUAGAAGUUAAAACGAAAAAUGCGUACAUGUUUAUUAAUUCAUCUAAAAAUAGCCAUAAUAAAUCCAAUGCAAGUGAAUGCCAUAACAUUUUUUAUGAAAUAUAACUAUUUCCCAAAAAAAAAGUAGUGAAAAGAGUGGCACUAUUCUUAUUUUUGCAGAUCUCUUUAAUAUCUGACUUUAUAGAAGACGGGAUUUGUGUUUUUUUAUUAAGGUAUCAUUGAUGUACACUCGUAUUACCAAGUUCCCCCACACCCCAUUGCCGUCACUGCCCAUCAGUGUAGUGAGAUGCCACAGAGUCACUACUUGUCUUCUCUGUGCUGCACUGCCUAGAAGACAGGAAUGUGUGCAUCUGCCUCUGUAUUCAGUCUUUUGCAAAAUAACAUCGUGUAGCCUCUGGAAAACUCCUGCAAUAACAUCUCAGUGUCAAUGAUGAAAAUAAUUCUGAUCUCAUGGGCCUCCUGGAAAGGUCUUGAAUGUCUGGUAAACUGGCUCUCCAAAAAGAAAAAAACUCCCACCACAGUCAGUUUCAAGCUACCAACUUGACUCCAUUACCAGCGGCGUUGUGGCGAGCAGAGAUGUGUGCGAGCAGUGUAAGCCGGCCGUGGCGGCCGCUGCAUACAAAGCUCACUUUGAGAACCUCUGGCUCCAAAUAUCGCUGGGAGGAUGCGCAGGAAAACGGACGCGAUAGCCUCCUCGGAGGGCAGCCUGAUGAGGCAGUGACUUUUCAUCCAAAUGCCCUUCUGUACCUUCGGAAUUUUGUUUCACGUGCAUAUAUGUGACCUUGUCAGGAAAAAAAAAAGACUAAGCAUUUUCCUUUUUUAAAAACGAACUCUAAAAAUAGAAAUUGAGCUAUAAUUUGUAAAUCUUUAAAGCUUUUCCAUUCCUUUGUGUCAUCCAGGAAUUGGCUCUUCCUGAGCACCAGUGAAUGGUUCUCACGUCCCUGUCUCCCCCUUGACCUCUUCCUGCCCUGAGCCAAGCGCUGGCCGAUACUCAGGAUCCAGAUCGGCCGUGGCUCCGCACGAGGCGCAGAGUGGAAUAGAAGAUGAACGCAACUGAAUUCAGUGAAGAUGUAGAGGAAGUUCUAAAAAAAAACCCUGUGAAGGUGGAGGCCGAGGUCGAAGAUGCUGCCCUUGACUGCUCGGUGAAUUCCAGGGCCUCUGAGAAGCACCCCCUGGACAGCGUCUUCACUGCCCUGCAGGACGUCGGCAAGCGAAAGCCGGGUGGCGACGGCCAGCCUGACUCCGUCCCCAGCGUGAAGAGGCGGCGGCUGAUUCCCGAGGCGCUCCUCGCAGGCAUGCGGAACCGGGAGAACAGCUCGCCCUGCCAGGGCAACGGGGAGCAGGCGGGCAGGGGCAGGGGCCUGGGCUCCGCGUGGCCGGCGGAGGAGGGGCCCUGCAGCGACGUGAGCACCCCCUCCUACAAGAAGCCUCUGUACGGCAUCUCGCACAAGAUCCUGGAGAAGAAGAACCCUCCCUCCGGGGAUGUGCUGAGCACCUACGAGCCCCUGGAGAAGGCGAUCCCCAGCCACAGCCCCUCGCCGCUGCGGCUCCUGAACGAGCCCCAGAAGCGGGACUGCGGCAGUGCCCCCGCUGCCGCUGACGGUGACCCCAACAUCUACUUCCUGAUCCAGAAGAUGUUCUACAUGCUCAACACGCUCUCCUCCAACAUGUCGCAGCUGCACAGCAAGGUGGACCUGCUCUCGCUGGAGGUGAGCCGCAUCAAGAAGCAGGUGAGCCCCGCCGAGACGGUGGCCAGGUUCCAGCCCCCGCCCGAGUACCAGCUCACGGCGGCCGAGCUCAAGCAGAUCGCGGACCAGAGCCUGUCGGGCGGCGACCUGGCCUGCCGCGUGCUGGUGCAGCUCUUCCCCGAGCUCUUCAGCGACGUGGACUUCGCCCGCGGCUGCAGCGCCUGCGGCUUCGCGGCCAAGCGGCGGCUGGAGUCGCUGCAGCUGCAGCUCGUGCGCGACUACGUGGAGGUGUACUACCCCGCCGUGCGGGACCUGGCCGUGUGGCAGGCCGAGUGCGUGCCGCAGCUCAAUGACUUCUUCAGCCGCUUCUGGGCGCAGCGCGAGAUGGAGGACGGCCAGCCUGGCGGCCCAGGGGCCGGCUUCUUUGAGGCAGAGCCGGCGGACACCGCCCACUUCCUGGAUGGCAAGGACCCGGAGGAGGCCCUGUCCCUGGACCGCAGCAGCACCGUCGCCUCCGACCCCGCGGUGGACGCGCGCGACCUCACCGAGUUCCUGGACGAGGCCUCCUCGCCCGGCGAGUUCGCCAUCUUCCUGCUCCGCCGCCUCUUCCCCGAGCUCUUCGACCGCCGGAAGCUGGGCGAGCAGUUCAGCUGCUACGGGGAUGGCGGCCGGCAAGAGCUGGACCCGCAGCGGCUGCAGAUCAUCCGCAACUACACGGAGAUCUACUUCCCCGACAUGCAGGAGGAGGAGGCCUGGCUGCAGCAGUGCGCGCAGCGCAUCGACGACGAGCUGGAGGGCCUGGGGCCGGACGCGGGCAGCGAGGGCGAGCCCCCACGCGACGACUGCUACGACUCGUCCAGCCUGCCCGACGACGUCUCCGUGGUCAAGGUGGAGGACGGCCUGGAGGGCGAGCGGCCCGGCCGGCGGUCCAAGAAGAUCUGGCUGGUGCCCAUCGACUUCGACAAGCUGCAGAUCCCGCAGCCCGACUUCGAGGUGCCAGGCGCCGACUGCCUGCUCAGCAGGGAGCAGCUGCGUGGCAUCUACGAGAGCAGCCUGUCCAUCGGCAACUUCGCGUCGCGCCUGCUGGUGCAUCUGUUCCCCGAGCUCUUCACGCACGAGAACCUGCGCAAACAGUACAACUGCAGCGGCUCGCUGGGCAAGAAGCAGCUGGACCCCGCGCGCAUCAAGCUCAUCCGCCACUACGUGCAGCUGCUCUACCCCCGCGCCAAGAACGACCGCGUCUGGACACUGGAGUUCGUGGGCAAACUGGACGAGCGCUGCCGGCGCCGCGACACCGAGCAGAGGCGCUCCUACCAGCAGCAGCGCCGGGGCCACGGCCCGGGCCCCGAGAGCAGGGACCUGGCGAGCUACCCAGUCAAUCCCGAGAGGUUCCGGGAGGAAUUCGAAGGGCCGCCGCUGCCGCCCGAGAGGAGCAGCAAGGACUUCUGCAAGAUCCCGCUGGACGAGCUGGUGGUGCCGCCGCCCGACUUCCCGGCGCCCGCGCAGCACCUGCUGUCGGACAAGGAGGUGCGCGAGAUCGUGCAGCAGAGCCUGUCGGUGGGCAACUUCGCCGCCCGGCUGCUCGUGCGCCUCUUCCCCGAGCUCUUCACGGCCGAGAACCUCCGGCUGCAGUACAACCACUCCGGGGCCUGCAACAAGAAGCAGCUGGACCCCACGCGACUGCGGCUCAUCCGGCACUACGUGGAGGCCGUGUACCCGGUGGAGAAGAUGGAGGAGGUGUGGCACUACGAGUGCAUCCCCAGCAUCGACGAGCGCUGCCGCCGCCCCAACAGGAAGAAGUGCGACAUCCUCAAGAAGGCCAAGAAGGUGGAGAAGUGACGGCCGGUGGCCCCCACAGCGGGCGGACGUGCAGCGCAGGGGGGCGGGCGGAGCGGCCUUGCUUGGACCACCAGGGCCCCGCGGAGCCGGCAGGCAGGCAGGCAGGCGGGCAGGCCGGCCGCGGGGUGGGGCCCCGGGGUGGGGCCCCGGGGUGGGGCCCGGUCCCCUGGCCGUGUCCCGUCCGUCCGCGCAGUGCGGAAGGCAUAGUCGACUACCUUGUUCCUCCUCCCACCUUUUACAUCUUCCAUUCUUACCAGUCUUUUUUAUCAAAAACUUUUUUAAUUAUAAAGAAACCCUUUUAAAAAAAAAUCACUGGGCCCUUUGGAGGCCAUUUUACUUAGGGAAAAAAAGUCUUUUAAAUAAUUGAGAUGAAGUACUGUAAGAUGACGUCAGUUGCUGGGAUUUUUUUUUUUUUUUAAGAUGGUUUCAGAAUUAUGAAAUCUUUAUAAGUGCCAGGUUUGUGCAUGAAGGCCAGGAGCUUCGGGAGGCAUAGAGACCAAUUUUACUAACCUUGUCUUUUGCAUCUGAUAUGGGAAGGUCAGAAGGUCAGGAAGCUCCUUCGACGGGGCGGGGAGAGUGUGUGGCCCCGUCGCCCCUGUGGAGCCGGCGGGUUGGGAGACCUGCGCUGGCCUGGCAGAACGUUGGGCUUGCUCUGCAGACGAGAACACUGGAUGACGAUGACACGAAUGUAGGUAGAACGUAGAAGCACGGGCACAGUGUCUGCAUUUGAGCUGUGUCCUCCCACUGCCCCCUCCCCACGAGGACGCUGCUGGGGGCGCAGACACAGUUCCUUGGACAGCAUUGUGUAGGGGAGGGGACUACUGGGCUUCUUGUUUGGUUUAAGGAUGGGCCCCUUAGGGCUCACCAAGAACUGUUCACUUUCUCGUGUGUGUGUGUCUGUAUAUAACACCGGGUUCUUGGAGCUGCGUGGUGGCUUCACCACACCCUAGUGUGAGCUCCCCCGAUUUGUAGCACAACCUUGUUCCUCAGUGUGGGCCCAGGCCGAAGGUCCUCCUGGGGGUACCUGGCCCUGGAAGGACACAGAUCAUCUCAGGUGGGGCUGCCAUGUCCCCUCCGAGGGUCCACUCAGAGCUGCCCCUAAGGUCCUCCGGAAGGACCGCUGGCCAGUCCCUUGGCCUCGGGUGAGACAGCUCUGCUUCCCGCACUGGUUGGGAAGGUCAGAUGUCUUCAGGCCAGGGGCAUUGCUCCCCAGGACUUCCAGCCAGGAAAUUCUCCAGGUACAAUGCUGAAAAGUAGUACUCUUACUUACCUGAUUUUGGGGUCUACAUGCCUAAGGGGGAAAGGAAACAGCUAACCCACACCAACUGCAUCACGACAGAAACCUGGGAAACAAAUGGAAUCCUACAGGGUAGUUACAGACUGAAUAACCUAAUGGCUUAAUAUUUUGUCAUCUUAAAAUGCAGAAAGAAUAGAAACAAUCUGUGAAUUUUCUUCAUACAGCUUAUGAGGACCUCCGUUCCCCUGGCUGUAAGACAUAAUUUUGCCUGCACCGAGCAGACAUAGUUUUCUGAUGUGACAGGAUUUUGAGCAGCGUAAAGUUGCUGAUUGAACUUUAGUAUUUGCUUUUAAGUGUCAUUUACAGAUUAUUUCUCUUGAAACUGCAGACCUAAAUUAUUGAAAUGUAGAAACGCACAGGGACUUUCACACCCACACCCACCCACCCAUGUACACACACUCUUCUUACUAAAACACCUAAGUGAGAUGAAGGGGACCUUCAUGCACAAUAAGCUCAUCCUCUUUGCGCCUGGAAAAAAUAAGGGACUGAAGUAGCCAGGGCUGCCCCCCCCCACACCCACACCCCGGGCCUUUCACUAUGCCUUAGUCUCUCCAAUGUGUGCGUGCGCACAUGCCCUUCCCAAAGAUGGCGGAGGCGCUUUCGCCCACCGGCCCUGCUGGUUGGAGGGUGCCGUGGAGUUUGUUCUGGUUUUCUAGGAUAUAUCCAAGAGGAUUCCAAGCCAUGUGACAAUUGCCCUGCUUUCUAGAGGGUGGAAUGUGACCCCGCGAGUUCAGAAGCACAAUCAUUUGUUAAUAAUAAUUUUAAAAAGCCUGUCUACCCAUGUUAGAGAAAAUCAGGUUCAAGGAAUAAAAUGUGUCUCCUUAUAGCCUCGAGCAUGUUCAGCUUUUAGAAACCAUAUUCUGGUGGUUUCCUUAGUACCUUUCCCGUGCAGGGCUUCUCCCCCUCAAAUCUUAAGAGUCCCUUCCAGUGACGAGAGGGGGUCACACUCUGGGGUUUGUUUCCUGCCCCUCUGCCUGUCUCAUCAGGAAACGCCUGCGGGUCCGGGGCUGUCUGUGUGGUGUCCUCAGUUCUCCAGCCAUACAGGUGGGCUCCAGGGGCAGUUUUUUACAUGAAGCAAUAGAAAUACAAAAUACUUCUUUUUUUCUUCAAAAUGUAACGUUUUCCAUUAAAUGUGUGGGCAAACCCCUUCCUCCUUUCGAUGGAAAUUCUUUGAUUUCUCCUUGUUUGUUUUUGUAGGGUUUUGUUUUUGUUUUUUUUUGGGCCUGGUAUCCAGAGGACUAAAGAAUUAGCACAGACACAUUUUGAUGUUCAGUAAAAUAGCAAGUCACGUAGGUGGUAACGGCCCCAUUUUCCCUGUGAGCAGGGUGUGAAAGAAUGAGUGAGGUGGUCGUGAGUGUGCUGGGUGUUCUGAGCCUGCUUCAGGUCACUUUGACUGUCUCCAUGGCAGCCAAUGUUUGACAGGGAAUAAAGUCUAAAGUCUUGUCUAAUGUCCAGGGCGCUAGCAUGCCCUCCCCGUUCAGUGUUGGCCCCAAACCAUCCUUUCUUUUUAAGUUUGGGGGGAGGGGGUACCCCAUCAGCAGCGAUCAUGAACAGCCAACGGGAUCUACGUAGCGGUGAAGGAGGGACUGCUGGGACGGUGGGGUCCCUGGCCUGCCCGCCCCGCGGCAGGCUGCUUGGGUUCCUGUCCAGAUGGCCUCCAUUUCCACCUUUGCCCCCAAAUGUUUGCUUCCUGCUUGAUUGCGAGGGGGGCCUGGGACCCCUGAUUGGAGGUCACAGCUCUCACCCUGCCUGGCUGUGUUACUAGACCUUAAGAGGUGGGGGCGGGGGCCAAGGGGCUCUUCACGGCCAUUUGGAAAUACUUGCCUUGUGUAGAUCCAGCCUUAAUGUUUUUCUGACAUCCUGGUGAUAGCAGACCCUGCACAAAGUGGGUAUCAGAUUUAAUACUGUGAGGAGACAAAAUAAUGAGAAUAGUUGUACCAAAGAUCAUGAAAUGCCACGUAAUGUCUGUAUUUUACCAUUGAUCUGAGUGCAUCCUUAGAAAACUGAAUGUAACAAAAACCCAGGACAUUUUUGGAAACUGUGCUCUCUAGCGACUUUGUGUGAAUUUUUAUACAAGCACUGUUUAAUGAGUUACAUAAAAUGUUAUAAAAAUAGAAAAAUG